GUAGUUUUGUGUGAUUUUGCUCACUUACCGACAUGGCUGUUCAUCUCAGAGUUCUUCUCAUCCUCACUGGAUUCACAGGAAUUUACAGCAUAACUACAGUCAGUGAAGUGUCAGUUAAGGCUGGAAGUUCAAUCUCUAUCCCAUGUCUCUACGACUUACAAUAUAUGAACCAUGUGAAAUACUUGUGUGAAGGAUAUUAUUGGAGCUCCUGCUCCUAUAUAGUCAAAACAAACCAACAAAAUUCAGGAAGAUUUUCAAUCUCUGACGACAACACCCGAAGAAUCUUCACAGUGACUAUAAAAGAUCUGGCAGAUGAGGAUACUGAUUAUUGGUGUGCUGUGGAGAUUAAUGGAGGGCCAGAUGUCAAAGAGUAUUUUCACCUGUCUGUCACCACCAGAGAUACAGCAGAUCUCUAUGUGGAUCAUCAGGAGGUUACAAGUUUGAAUGGAGAUAAUAUAAGCAUCAAUUGUUCCUAUAUUAACACUGGAGAAACAAAGUGGUGCAGGCUGGGCAGAUCCUGUAUGACGCGGUGGUCUGGAUCAAUAGAUGGAACAAAUGUGACCAUCAGUGAAGGGGCCCCCAGUGUUUUUACUGUGACUAUGAGUGGACUGACGACAGAGAGCAGCGGCUGGUAUUGGUGUGCCAAAGGAGACUUACAGAUGCCAGUGCAUGUAACUGUUACAGAGAGACCUACCACUAUAAGUACUACCCCAAUUGGAACAACAAGACGUUUAACCACCUUAUCAGCCACUCCUAAUCACAUCCUUGGAGACGGACGGCAGAGUGCUUAUACUCACCUAAAGAGCCUCAUCAUCAGUCUGAGUUUGCUGAUCUCCACUAUAAUGGUGGCCUUGUUGAUCUGGUUUAUAUUGAGAAGACACAAACAGACCAAAGCAGAAUCGUCAGCCACAACAACGGCUGAAGAGGAAGUAACAUACAGUAUUGUUAAACACAAGACAAAAACUUCAAGCCAGGCUGAAGAGGAGGAAACAUACUGUAAUGUUGGGAACAUGAGAAAAACAUCACCCCAGGUUGAAGCAGAGGAUAAGGAUGUUACAUACAGCACAUUGGCUCAGCACCCCCAAAAAAUCCGAAGAAUCUUCACUGUGACUAUAAAAGAUCUGACACAUGAGAACGCUGGUUAUUAUUGGUGUGCUGUGGAGAUUAAUAAAGGGGACGAUGUCAAUAAGUAUAUUUACCUGUCUGUCACCAGAGGUAUACCCAGUCUCUAUGUGAAGUAUCAGAAGUUAACAGGAUUUAAUGGAGAUAAUAUAAGCAUCAGUUGUUCCUAUACUAACACUGGAGAAACAAAGUGGUGCAGGCUUGGCAGCUCCUGUGUGACGAAGUUGUCUGGAUCAAUAGAGGGAACAAAUGUGACCAUCAGUGAAGGGGCCCCCAGUGUUUUUACUGUGACUAUGAGUGGACUGAGGACAGAGAGCAGCGGCUGGUAUUGGUGUGCCAAUGGAGACUUACAGAUGCCAGUGCAUGUAACUGUUACAGAGAGACUUACGACUACCACCCUUGCAACAACAAGCCAUUUAACCACCUUAUCACCCACUCCUGAGCCUGUCAGUUUUUCCGUUGAUCUAAAGUACUUCAUCAUCCCUUUGAGUUUGCUGAUCUUCAUUGUAAUGGUGACCUUGCUCAUCUGGUUUAUGGUGAAAAGUCACAAACAGACCAGAGCAGAUACAUCCGCUACAACAACGGCUAAAGAGGAAGUGACGUACAGUACUGUGAAGAAAAAGAAAAAAACUCCAGACCAGGCUGAAGAGGAAGUAACACACAGCAAUGUUAGGCACAUGGGAAAAACUUCAGACAAGAGGUCAGAUGCUAAGAGUGAUGUGGAUGUGACGUACAGCUCUGUGGUUAUUGUACGACAACAAACUCCAAAAAGGGUUGAAGCAAAAGAUGAGGAUGUAACACAUAGCAGAUUGGCUCAGCAUCAGCAAAACAUAUAAAUGCUACCCCUACAUCUUAUCC